UUUCCAUUAAUUAAAAUUUCCAGAGUUCCAUUAAUCAGCGCACUUUAAUUUAACGACUUUACUUACAAAUAACAUUAACAAAAUGAGUAAAACAUUCACAGUUACUCUGCUUCACGCGUGGGGGCUUUUAUUUUGGUAACGUCAUCACCCGGAAAUGCCUUCAACUUGUAGUGGACGGAGUAAAAACACGUGUGAAACUUUUCUCUCUAGAUGUGCAGUUGUUUACAUUGAAUAUUCACGGUGUAAACGUUAACGCCAUGCGCAUUUAACGUGCUGCUGACAUUUCCGUCACUCGAAUAAAGGAUAAUAUUUCCUUUAGCUAGCGCGAGUGUUCUGUCAGAGCGUGGUAUAGAUAUUUUACUAGUACACCUCUUGUUUUAAAAGGGGUUUACAACCUGUUUGCGGUCAUGGCUGAGGACACGCUGAUGCUCAACAUCUCCUCAGGUUCUGUACAGUUUAACAGAAAAACAAACCAGAAGCAUUUGUCAUCAUCAGAGAAAUGGGCACAGAAAAAGAGAGUGGCAAAAAGGAAGGCUGCCGUUGAGCCCCAAGAGAGCAGCGCCUCUAAACAGAGGAAGAUUAAUCAAACUGGUCAACAGCACGCACAAAAGCAAACGCUGCAAACCCCUAGAAGCCCCUCUCAGAGGAGCAAUAACAGAGACACAGAGGAGAGCCCGGUCCAGAGAGAAAACUCAGAAGCAAAGUCCCCAUCAAAGGUGAAAACAUUUCCAAAGAAAGCUCCCACAGAGCAUGAAGACCAUGGCAGACCAUUUAUCAAGACAUCGUCUCUCUUCAGAAACAACCCAGAGAUCCCUGAUGUCCUCAGUCCUGCUGUAAAUCAAGUGAAGGAGAAAGUCUUCACCAGCAACACGUUUGAAGAGCUGAAUCUGCAUCCACAUCUGGUGGCCACGCUCCAUAAGGUGUUGAACGUUAGCAGUAUGACGAGUGUCCAGAAACAGACCAUACCAGUGCUGAUGUCUGGUAAAGAUGCUGUAGUGCGCUCCCAGACUGGAUCAGGGAAAACAUUGGCAUAUGGGAUUCCAAUGGUUCAGUUUUUACAAGCGAUUCAACCGAAAGUCAAGAGAUCGGAUGGGCCUUUAGCUGUUGUGAUUGUUCCAACCAGAGAGCUUGCCUUGCAGAGCUUUCAGAUGUUUCAGAAGCUUCUUAGACCUUUCACCUGGAUUGUUCCAGGAGUUUUAAUGGGAGGAGAGAAAAAGAAAGCAGAAAAAGCCAGACUGCGGAAGGGCAUAAAUGUUCUGAUCUCGACUCCAGGCCGACUGGUGGACCACAUCAAGAACACACUAAGUAUUGCUUUCAGUGCUGUGCGCUGGCUCAUUCUGGAUGAAGCUGACAGGAUUUUGGAUUUGGGCUUUGAGAAAGAUCUGACUGUGAUUCUGAAUGCACUGAACGCCGCUGGACCCGACAGGCAAAAUGUGCUGCUUUCAGCUACUAUAACUGAAGGACUGUCCCGAUUAGCCAGUAUCAGUAUGAAGGAUCCUGUGAGUGUCCAUGUGUCAGAGGGGAGUGAGGAGACAGUUGAAGCGUGUCCCCAGGCGGCCCCUCAGGCUCUGUCAGACAGCUACGCAGUGCCUGAGAGACUACAGCAGCACGUGGUGGUGGUGCCCAGCAAGCUCCACCUGGUCUGUUUGGCUGCCUUUAUUCUGGCCAAAUGCAAGUUUGAGCAGCGUCAGAAGUUGAUCAUCUUCAUAUCCAGCUGUGAAGCUGUAGAGUUUCUGCUCAAUCUCUUUACUGCAGUCCUCUGUGAAAUUCCCAGCAACACCUCAUCUAAAAGUACCUCAUGCCUCAACUUCUACAGACUGCAUGGCAACAUGAGACAGGAGGAGCGCACUGAAGUCUUCCAAGAGUUCUCUCAGUGUAAAACUGGCAUUCUGCUGUGUACGGAUGUAGCUGCACGUGGUUUGGAUUUGCCUCAGGUUACUUGGAUUGUUCAGUACAAUCCUCCAGUUUCUGCAGCAGAAUAUGUUCAUCGUGUGGGCCGCACAGCUCGAAUCGGAGCUCAGGGUAGCAGCCUGCUCUUUCUCACCCCCUCCGAGACCGCUUUUGUGGAUGUGCUGGCCAAUCACAACAUCAGUUUGUCUGAGAUGAAGAUGGUGGACAUCCUGUCCACACUAAUGAAAGACGAGCGCUUUAAAGGCAGAGGGAAAUGGGACAGCAAGAGAUCAGCGGAUGCUUUUGAGCAGGAGGUGCGAGAGAGAGCCACCUUGUUACAGACUGACUUUGAGAAUUAUGUUCAUGCCAGUAACGAGUCUCUGCAAACUGCGAAGAGCGCACUGCAGUGUUUCUUGAGAGCUUAUACCACAUACCCAUCCAGUCUAAAGCACAUCUUCCACAUCCGCAUGCUGCACCUGGGCCACGCUGCUAAGAGCUUUGGCCUGAGGGACGCACCCCAGGGCCUGGCCAGCUCCAUAAGCACUAAUCCUGCCAACAGCAAACACUCCAAGAAGGCCAAAGACAAAGCCAAGAGCCCUCCCAAGAAACUCACAGCAAAGCAGCGGGUGUCAAACCUCAUGCGUUCAGAGUAUGACAGUGGCAUGGAUGGACAAUCUAAGGCUAAGAAGAAAAGGAAAAAUAAGAAGGGUCAAGCAGAGGAAUCUACCGAUGCAUAAAGUGGCCAAUACAGGAGAGAUCAGAGAUGCUCUUUUCGUUUGGGAAGUGCUGAGGUUAGAGUUGUCGUGACCAGGUGGAUUCUCAGGGUUGAACACACAGGUGUUUUUCCACAGAGUAACAUUUUUUUAGAUGUGAAAAAGCACAACCGGUCAGCAGAACAAUCUGGGAAUUUGCUCAAUGCAAAAGCUUAGUUGCAGAUGGGAAAAUGAGCAUGCAUGGAUUUCUUGCAGUGGGUUUAUGAAUUUAUUUUUAUAAAUAUUCUGCCUUAUUUAAGCAAUAUUUUAUUAAAAAAAUGCUGAAUUUGACUUUUUUAGGAUGAUUGUAUUUAAUAUCUGUCUAAUUAAAUCUGACAAAGCACUGCAUCCAAACGUGUUUCACAAUCAGCAGCGACCAAACAUCACAUGGCUUUCAUACAGGAGCUUCUGAGAACUCUGUUAAACUGUUUGCUGAAAGCGUUUAGCUCGUUUCUUUGGCUUGAAUGUCGGUUUGGUCAGGUGAAUGGGGCUGGAUGUGUAUGGAGGCUUACGCUGACCAGCUGUCCCAGCGUUCAGUCGGACUCGCCCGGUCACCAGCUGCUGUCUUUUUGGCCGAGUCUUCGCUGCGAGCGCUUGGAGAAAUUUGACCGGAAUAUUACGUUUCAGUCUCUUUAUUAACUUAAAAGCUGCUUGUGAAAUUUGAUUGGUCUGUGAUAAUGAAACGCUUAUUAGGAUUGGUCAAUUAAACCCACACAACAAACCACUUACACAGAUACGCUCAUGAGGUGGAGUGAACUGACUCUGUGAACAGAGCUCACUAAAGCUUCCCAUUGGCA